AUCGUUCCUGCAGAAUAUAGAAUUCAAGAGCAACAUGGGCUCCGCUACUGUUUUAGGAAUUGCGUUUCUGGUAUCACUGUGCAACGCUGGGGUGGUGAAGCGUUCAGGAACUUGCACCCCUCUAGAUCUUCAAGGGUGUAUGCAAGAUCUCAUUGAUUAUACCCAAAGUAAAGCAAUGUCCUUGGAAGCGAUGCCUGGCAAUUAUACGCCCUCAGCUCAAGACCUGAAAGAAAUCUGCAACAUUUACCCGAGGGUUAUUGAAUGCAUCGAAGAGGUAGCGAGCAGAGAUUCGUGCGAUCCGCAAGUUGCUAGGCUUUUCAGAGGGACGGCAGAGAGCUUGCAAUCCAGUGUUAAUGCAUCAUGUGGGCUGCUAGAGAGAAACUUGACCCUCCCAAAUCAGGAAUGUAUGCAAAGAUAUACAAUGGCUGCCGAACGAAGGUGUAAACCAAAGACUGAAUUUUUAGGAAUGAUGAUAGGGAAGGCAAUGGCGGGUACUGCGACAGAGUCAUCCGUUUGUUCGGCCAUGAGACGCCUUGUAAAGUGCCACAUAAAAGUCGUUACGAAGAAAUGUGACGAGGAAUUUGCCAACUUUAUCAAGAAUACGUUGGUCGACUCGCUGUCAAAGGCGAUGCCCGGUAUUUCGUGCUCGGUCCCCAACUCAAGUACAUAAAGGUGGCACAUAUGCACAUCGUCCUUUCAUUGAAAUCAUAUUAAAGUGAUAUUAUUAAAAUGUAUAAUUAUAUUUGUAUGUAUUAUAUAUAUAUAGCAAGAACAGGGUCACCCCCACACAUCAGAUUAUUCCUCAGCCUGGCAGAUUUCAGGAGAGACUGAUCAACAGGAAGUGAUCUGUUAGAGCAGCUGACAAUUUAUGCAGGACGUCUGUGAGUGUCUCAUGCGCCGCGGAGGCCAUUUGGAGCAUAUUUUGGAAAUAACACAACAUUAAGACAAAGCGACCAAAAUAACUGAAACUUUGGGGAAUGAUCGUAAACAUACUGAAGUUUAGGUCCAGCAAAUAUCUUGAAUUAUAUAUUUAAAAUGCAAAUUUUCAGACCUAAUUAUUACGUAAAUGUUAUGACUCAACAACAUUUACUACAAAUGCUAUCUACUAAAUACAUGUCAUUUCCUUUAUUAGAGAGAUGUUACAAUUAAUGUGAUCGUUACAAAUAUCGAAUUAUCGAUAUUUUGAGUGUGUGACCAAGGAGAAAUAAAUAAUAGUAGAAGCGUUUUAAAAUACAA